UCAGGAAGCCCUCACAAAAUCUGUGAUGCUAGGGCAUGCAUCACAGACAUCAGGAGUCAUGUAAAAUGUGCAUGACAAACCUGGCAAUCUUCCAGACCCAGACAUUUUUACAUUUGAUAGGGAGAGAAGAAAAACAAGAAGAAGAAGGCACUAUGCAACUACAUCAACAACAACAUCAUGAAGAAAAAUCAGGUGCGGACGCGGGAAAAAUAAGACGGAAAACAUCAACUACGAGUGCAAUAAGAAGAAGCUCUCUCGCAGAAGCAGCGAGCAAGGCCGCCGGGGGCCAGCGGUGUUCCGCCUUCAACGCGACCGCAAGACAGGCCGGGAUUUACAGUAGCUGCAGCGCGAAGAGCACCGUCCCAGCCCACCGGCGCGUGUGCUACUGCGGCGGCAGUGCGAUGCGCAUGUUCGAGGGAAAGCAGCUCAACCCGAUCAGCUUGUCUCGCUUCACCGGUGCUACUUUUGAUAAUUCGGUAUCUUUUUUUUUUUCCCGUCCGUUCGCGACCUCGUCGGUGAUGGCGGAAGGGGGUGUGAACAUCACCGAUUUCGCCGCAAUCAUAUCAAAUGCAAAUAUGUCUUGGUCUGCCUAACGGUAAAUGUCAAAUGUAAAUAUGAAAAAAAGCCUUGUAGUUCUGCUCACGGUUUUGCUAUGGCGAGUGCAGUGGAGCGUCGUCCGCUUCACAGUUCGUAACAAAAAGAAGCAAGGGUGCCUCGCCCCACUAUAUUACUUCGACCUUUCAUCUACUUCGUUUUCCUUGUGCUCACUUCGGAAAAGAAAUACGUGCUGGCUGUGUUAGUUGCAGUUGUUUCUUUCUACUUCGGAUAGUUGGCAGUUGGUUUUGACAGUAAUCAUGGCGGGCAAUGAUGCGUACAGGAUCAUUAACGAAGGGAACAGGUGCACCAUUUAUCGCGACCACAGCGUUAAGCUGACCGACACGCCGUGGCAGGGUCCAGUGCCAGACCCGAGAGACUGCGUCGCGCCAAAUAUUCGCACCAUGCACGAAAUGGUAGAGCGCGAACUGUCGCAAUGGAAGAGGCCGCGGCAAACAGCCGUUUUUACGAUCGCGAAUAUGGACUGCAAAAGUGUCUGGAUCUGGAAGAUUCCCAGACUUGUCAUGCUGGUUUUGCAUGACCCAUGCUGUCUGGUAUGCAGGACAUAGCAGGAUCGAUUCUAUAGGACCUUUCAAGGCCUUUCCUCCGUGAAAAACUGCGUCUCGGUUAGGUCAAAAGUGCGCAACUUUUGGCAAUCAUGCAACACAGAUUUUUGUCUGGUUCAGAUUUACCAUGACGAGUAGCAAUCAUCCAGACCUAGACACUUUUGCAAUCCAUACGGAACGUCACGAUUUUCGCGCACGCAUUUGGUUACCAAUAUCGCCCUCCGGGCGCGGUCUUCUUAACGGUAAAUGAAAAAAAGCCUUGUAGUUCUGCUCACGGUUUUGCUAUUGAUUGAAAGCCAGUGAAUACAUUUCGCAAGCAAGAAGUGCGCGAGAUGAUCCGUUUUUUUGACGCACGUGAACGCGCGAAUCGAUUUUUUGUUGGUCUUUUUCUCUUUUUUUGUCUGUGUUUUUUCUCGACGUUGGCAAGGAGUUGCGCUGCUCUUGCAACUUCAACUUGAGUCAAUCUGCAAUUGUCGAUUCUCCCGCCGAUGUGAUAGUGACAGCGAGCGUUUUUUUCUGCGCCGCAGUGUGCGACCUAAUCCUAAACAACAGGGACCUUAGAGCCGUAACGAAUUGCCCCUCUCUCUUGAUAAAGAAAAGUCCUAGAGGUCCAUGAGUGACAACCUGAGAUCCUUCCACCUUGCUAUUUUUUUUGUCGCAGGUAUCCUGGCUAGCCACGGCAGCAAAGAGAAAAAUGGCUAAUGUUCUACGGUUCCGGGACGUGCAGCACCGAGACGCACAGCGGCUUGCGGUCCACAACACAAGACAAUAUGUUGACCGAGCAGCUUCAAUGCACAUUCCAAUUCUAGGGGAUACGGCAUUCCAAAAGUACCCCGCCCAGUCAAGAAUGCUUUCCGUGCGCUUGUUUUGACUGCUGCCAGCGCUCUCCCGCAGAUGGAGAUGCAGAACAAAGCAUAUAACAUAGAAGAGGAUGUACUGCGAGUUGUGGGAACAAUCUAUAAUACGAGUCGGACUGGUCAUCUUGCGCGACCUUGCUUGCUGUGGAAGUCUGAGGCUUUGUGCCGACAUAGCAUCAACGACACGCCAUCUGUGUAGGAACUUGAUUCACCAAGACGGCAAGCAGCAGAUUUGAGUACUUUUUUCUAUCGGGUGUUGGGGCAUUUUUCAAUCCUACAACGCCCAACGCCACACGAAACUUGACAAUGCAGGAAGUCGUGCCGCUAGUCAGCGUCUUAAUCCGGGGUCUCGGCACCGAAGUGGCCAUCGAGCGAGGUGUGCGGACAUACUAUUUAUUCCACACUUCAGACACCAGUCCUCUGAGCUUCAUUGUUUUGAUUCUGCUGCUGAGAUAGACGAGACGUGUGAAAGUAAGGCGAUAUUUUGAAAGGUCUUCAUCGCUAAACCGAAUUUCGGCGAUGUUGACUGCUUUUGGGAUAUAGCGUUGUCUUCUUCGAAUAUAAAACGUUACAUUAGGUGGCGUCCCAGUACCGCAAACGUUUCAGGAUGUCAUGGAGGAGAAUGUCGAGGUGCCCGUCGACCUGUUUCGCGAGCGCUUUUAUUUGGCGAACACAGUCGACGGAAUUCCAGUUUCGCAGAUCCUCGGAGUAAGUAUUUCUAGGGAGUAGGUAUUCCUGAAAGAAUGAUCUUGUUCAUUCGCCAAUCUUCUCUGUAGUAUGGUUUUGUGCUAGCAGAAAUUGUUCUAGAUGAUUGGUCGCAGGAGUCACGGUGCACAGAUGCAAUAGGGACAGCGUUUGCAGGCGAUCUACACUUCUUUGCGUUCAGAAUCAGAUCGAACAGCAACUCGGUACACAAGAACACCUCAACUACAGGACCCGAUUCCCGGAAGAGAACGCCCCGACGAUAUUUUUUUCCGAAACAUCCGAAGAAAUGUCUAGAAAAAAAAAAUAUUAUAGAACUUCUAAAAACGCUAUAGAGAUUCUCACGCAUAGACAUUCUGACUCUCAUAGAUGUUCUCGCUGCUCUUUGUUGAAAACAAUAAUUGGCACACGGUGCGCGCUUCGGAUUUUUGUUUUGGAGGGGCGCGGGCGUCCUCUCGUAUUCUGCCUGCGCUCGGCGCCGGGAAAAUGGCAUUGCGCCUACCGCGCGCGCUUCCCUAGGCGCCGUCGCUGACAGUGGUGAUGGUAUGCGCGUGCCCAUUCUGUAUUGCUCUGUGGCCGGGAGAAAAAUUUGGAGCGCCGCGCGCACGCAGACACCCUGGCCCGAGCAGGGGGCGGAUGCUUCCUUAUUUCCUUUUGCUAUCAGGGGCCGGCCGAAAAAAAAUUUUCGCGCGCGCCGCGCCCACUCAGGCGCGCGCCAUGACCGGGCAGGCGUAGAGGCCCUUCCCUAUGCGUGCCCGGUAGCCGCGCGCUUGCCGAUAAUUUUUUUUCGUGCACAGCGCAUGCGCAAGCGCUUUGGCCUGAGGGCGUGGAAGGUAUUCUUUCGCGUCCGGAAACCCGGGGCGGGCCGGAAAAAUAUUCUGCGAGCGCGCUGCGUGUGCGCAGACGCCUUGGCGGGGGGGCGCGGAGCGAAUGUUUUUUGCGCGUCCAGCAGCGAGGGCGGCGCGCCGGAAAAAAAAAAGUUGCGCGCGCGCGCAUGCGCAUGCGCCCCGACCUGAAGGCGCGGAAGCCUUUGGUCGUUCCCAGCUAUCGAGGGCCGCCCGAUCGAAAAAAGUCUUUCGCCCGUUGCGCGCCCGCAGACGCCUUUGCCUGUCUGAGGGCGGUUGGGUUUUUUUCGCGUCCUCCAGGUGGGGCCUCGGCGGCAAAUAUUUGUCGUGCGCUCGCUGCGCGCGCGCAGGCGCCUCGGCCUCGGGGCGCGGAAGGUUUUCGGUGCGUUCGGCAGUCGGGGGCCGUCCGGGAAAAAGUUUGCGCGUGUUGCGCGCACGCAGACCGCCCUGGCCUUGGGUGAGCGUGGGAGGUGCCUCUCCAUGGCCGGCUAAAAGGCGUUGACCGGAAAAAACCUCGCGUGGGUGCGCCGCGCGCAUCCUCACCAUGUACGGCGUCAGGGUGUGGGCUGUUUUAUUUUUUUCGCGCCCCGCGAUCGGGGGCCGGCCGGUAAAAAAUUUUCCGCGCGCACAGCGCGCGCACGCCUUGGCCCGAGGGUGUAGAAGAUCUUUUGCUCGCCCGGUGGUCGGGGGCUUGUCGAGAAAAAUUUUUCGCGAGCCGCGCGCGCACAGUAGUUUUCUUUUGGCCCACAGGCGAGGAAAGUCUUUUCCGCAACCGGGCGCCAGUUGAAAACAAAUUUUCGCGCGCGCGCGCCUGCGCGCGCGUCUUCCUUGGCCUGAGGGCGUGCGUAGACGCUCUUUUUCACGCCCGGCGGGGGUCGGGGGCCUGUCGAGAAAAAAUUAUCGCGCGUUGCGCGCGCGCGGGCACAUUAGUUUUCUUUUGGCCCGUAGGCGAUGAAAUUUUUUCUCGCAACCGGGGGCCAGCUGAAAAAAAAUUUUCGCGCGCGCGCGCGGAGCGCGCGCGUCUUCCUUGGCCUGAGGGCGUGCCUGGGCGCUCUUCUUCACGCCCGGCGGCCGGGGGCCUGUCGAGAAAAUAUUUUCGCGCGUUGCGCGCGCGCGGGCACAUUAGUUUUCUUUUGGCCCGUAGACGAGGAAUUUUUUUUCCGCAACCGGGGGCAAGCUGAAAAAAGACUUUAGCGCGCGCGCGCGCCUUCCUUGGCCCGCGGGCGUGCGUGGAAGGUUUUCUUCUCACCCGGAGGUCGGGGGCUUGUCGAGAAAAAAUUUUCGCGCGCUGCGCGCGCGCGGACGCAUUAGUUUUCUUUUGGCCCGUAGGCGAAGAAAUUUUUUUCCGCAACCGGGGGCCAGCUGAAAAAAAACUUUAGCGCGCGCGCGCUGCGCGCGCGCGCCUUCCUUGGCCCGAGGGCGUGCCUGCGUGGAAGGUUUUCUUCUCACCCGGAGGUCGGGGGCUUGUCGAGAAAAAAUUCCCGCGCGCUGCGCGCGCGCGGACGCGUUAGUUUUCUUUUGGCCCGUAGGCGAGGAAAUUUUUUUCCGCAAGAAAUUUUGUUUCCGCAACCGGGGACCAGCUGAGAAAAAAUUUUCGCGCGCGCGCACAGCGCUCGCGCGCCUUCCUUGGCCUGAGGGCGUGCUUGGAAGGUUUUCCUCUCACCCGGAGGUCGGGGGCUUGUCGAGAAAAUAUUUUCGCGCGCUGCGCGCGCGCGGGCGCAUUAGUUUUCUUCCGGCCCGUAGGCGAGGAAAUUUUUUUCCGUAAGAAAUUUUUUUCCGCAACCGGGGGCCGGCUGAAAAAAAACUUUAGCGCGCUGCGUGCGCGCGCGCGCCUUUCUUUGCGUGGGUGAGUCAGUGGCUUGAGACUUUUUUUCACGCCCGGCGGCCGGGGGCUUGCUGGAAAAAAAAUAUCGCGCGCUGUGCGCGCACACAUGUUGGCCAGGGGGCGCGGCGAGGUGUUGCUUGCACCCGGCAACCGGGGCUGCCGGAAGAAAUAGAGCAAAUUUUCGCCACCGCCCCCUGCCCGCCCGCAGGCGCCGGCCUUGGUCUGCGGGCGGGCGCGGAGGUUUUUUUCGCGCCGCCCCCUCGGGGUCUUGCCGGGAAAAUAUUCGCGGCGCGCAGGCGCCUUGUUCUGGCGCGCUUUUGCUUGCGUCCGGCGUCCGGGCAGUCCCGGAAACGACUUUCGCGCGCCGCGCGCGCGCAGCCGCCUUAGCUUGAGAUGGGCGCAGAAAGUUUUUCUUCAAUAUGAGGAAAGCUGUUCGCCUGCUAGCAAGGUGAUGACGAUGGUGAUGAAUCGCGCGCGGCUACCGGGUGUUGGCCGGAAAAAAACUUACCGCGCGCUGCGUGCGCAUAGUGGCCGUGGCGUUAGAGGGUGGGCGGGGCCGCUUCUUUCUUGUCCACGAUUGGGGGUUUGCCGGAAAAAAAAUUCCGCGCGCUCCGCGCGCGCAAGCCUUUGUGCGGAGCCUUUCUCUCCGCCCGGCAUUCGGGGGCGGGCUGGCGAAAAUUUUUCGCGCGCGCGCGCGCACAUGUUGGCCCGGGGGCGCGGUUGGGGACUUUUUGCGGACCCGCCCCCCUUCCGGGGCCGGCCCGGCUGAAAGAAAGAAUAAAGUAAAUUGUUCGCGCGCUGCGCGCACGCAACCUCCUUGGCCUCCGGGCCCGGGGCGUUUUUUUCGCGCCUAGCAGCCUGCGGCCGGCCUGGAAAAACUUUUUGUGCGUAACUUCCUUGGCCUGCGGGCCCGGCCGGAGUGUUUUUUCCGCGUCCAGCCUUUCCUUGGAGGCCCGCAGGGGAAAAAAAAUUUUGCGCGCUGCGCGCACGCAGGCACAUUGCCCCGGGGGCGCGGGGCGUUUUUUUCGCGUCCGGCCGUUGCUGGCUUGCCGGUCGGAAAAAAAGAUCGCGCACUGCGCGCACGCAGGCAGACUGGCCCGGGGGCGCGCACGCAGGCAGACUGACCCUUAUGCCUUACCUGCAAAGAGCAAGGGCCUCGCCGUCCUUUUUUCGCAUCUUUUCACUGUAGGUGAGCGCCCAGCUCCUCGGGGGGCCUAAGCGUCCGGCUUCUCGUAGCCGGAGAAGCUGGACUUCCAGCUUCUCGUAGCCGGAGAAGCUGGCCUUCCAGCUUCUCGUAGAGCCGCCCGGGGAAGCUGGACUGUCAGCUUCUCGUAGAGCCGGGGAAGAUGGACUUUCAGCUUCUCGUAGAGCCGGGGAAGCUGGACUUUCAGCUUGUCGUAGAGCCGGGGAAGCUGGGCUUUCAGCUUCUUGUAGAGCCGGGGAAGCUGGACUUCCAGCGUCUCGUAGAGCCGGGGAAGCUGGACGCCCAGCUUCUCGUAGAGCCGGGGCAGCUGGACUUCCAGCUUCUCGUAGAGCCGGGGAAGCUGGACUUCCAGCUUCUCGUAGAGCCGGGGAGGCUGAGCUGCCGGCUUCUCGCAACCAGGGAAGCUGGACUGUUAGCUGCUCGGAGCAGGAGUGCUGGCGUUCUGGCUGCCAGAAUCUAGAAGCUAGAUUUCUAGAUUUCUAGAACCUAGAAAUCUAGACUUCCAGACUUCUAGAUUUCUAGAUUUCUAGAUUUCUAGAUUUCUAGAUUUCUAGAAAUCUAGUUUCUAGAUUCUUGGCCGCCAAAGUCUAGAAACAAAUCUAGAGGCUACGGAACCCAGAACCGCUAUCCCAGGAGACGUUCUGGGGUCAGAAGCUCUAUUGCAAUAGACGUUCUGACUCCAGAACCUCUAUUGUGAUAGAGGUUCUGGGUCCAGAAGGUACGAGAUAGAGCUUCUCAAGCUAGAAAAUGUCAAGAAACAGUGAAAAGAUUAGAAAAAAAACAAAAAAAUCAAAGAGCAACGAAAUCAGUAAGAAAAAUAAAGAAAAGAAGAAAAAAGAAAGACUGUAGAAAAUCUAGAAAAAGCUUAGAAAUCUAGAAAACCUAGAACAUCUAUGGAGAAGUUAGAAAAUGGUCGAGAACCUCUAUCAAUAGAGGUUCUUUUAGAAGUUCUUGAAUAUUUUAACUUAAGUGACCCCUCCACUCUGCGGCGAAUAUCAUUCUGAAAAAAUGGACGACAGCUCGCACUGUGUUCCAGAUUUUUGCAGCGGCACGCAUGUGGCAUGACAAGACCAAGACUAUUGUAGUUUGCAGGACAAGGCCUUUCAGCGGGACACAGUGUGAAGCUGAUGAUUUUUGUUGUCGAUACUGCGAUCUAUCACUAUGAUCAGCUGUGGUAUUGCUUUUUUUUUGUAUAUUCGUGUUUGUGGAUCGAAUUGCAAAGCUUAGAAUUGUGCAUACGCAUAUGCUCUAAAAAAGUUUUUCCUGCAACGGCUCGAAAAAAAGUUUGGAUCUUUCUCCCCAAUACAUAAAUGCAUAUCUGACGUAUUGGCAACAUUAUGACCAUCGCUGACGUUUAGAUCAAGCAGACUCGUUGCUGGCCUGGUUUUAUUUUUUUGAAGCCCUAUUAUACUUCAGUGCCGCCUUCGGUCCGCAGGCUCGUCCCCUGGUCGACCCGAACCUGUUUGGUAUUGAGUUCGAGAUGGCAAUGA